AUGGAAUCUUAUCAAACGCCGCUUUCAAGCCGCUAUGCUUCCAAGGAAAUGAGCCAUCUCUUCUCGUCUUCUGAUCCACAGAUGAGAUUCCAAACUUGGAGAAAGCUCUGGCUCAAUUUAGCCAUAGCUGAGAAGGAGCUCGCUUUGCCCAUCUCGGACGAGGCCAUUAAGCAGAUGUCCGAUAAUCUUCUCCUCGAUGACGAUCAAAUGAAGAUUGCUGCCGAAGAAGAGAAACGUCGCCGCCACGAUGUCAUGGCUCAUGUCCACACUUUCGGCGUUGUAGCUCCUGCAGCAGCGGGUAUCAUCCACCUCGGUGCUACAUCAUGUUUCGUUACUGACAACGCUGACCUCAUCUUUCUCCGCGAAGGCCUCAAUAUGGUCAUCGAUAAGCUCGCAAUCACCAUCGACAGAUUCUCGGCUUUUGCUGACAAGUUCCGCGACUUGCCCACGCUCGGUUUCACCCAUUUCCAGCCUGCGCAGCUCACUACCGUCGGCAAGCGCACAACGCUGUGGAUUCAGGAACUGCUCUGGGAUUUGCGCAACCUCACUAGAGCUCGCGAUGACCUUGGUUUUCGUGGUGUGAAGGGUACCACAGGCACUCAAGCGUCUUUCCUCGCUCUCUUUGACGGUGACCACGAUAAGGUAGAAGCACUCGACCAGCGCGUCACUGAACUCCUCGGUUUCCCGUACGCCUACCCAGUCAGCUCUCAGACGUACUCGCGCAAGAUUGACAAUGACGUCGUCCUCGCUCUCUCCAAUUUCGGAUCGACGGUGCACAAAAUAGCCACUGAUAUUCGUCUCCUCGCUCACCUCAAGGAAGUCGAAGAACCUUUCGAAAAGGACCAGAUCGGCUCAUCGGCUAUGGCGUACAAACGUAAUCCAAUGCGUUCAGAGAGAGCCUGUUCGCUCGCUAGACACCUGAUCAGUCUGUCGCAGGACGUUCUCAACACUAAUGCCGUACAGUGGUUUGAGAGGACUCUGGAUGAUUCAGCAAUCAGGAGAAUCAGCUUGCCUUCUGCUUUCCUCACUACGGAUAUCCUUCUCUCAAUCAUGCAAAACGUGAGUGAAGGUCUCGUUGUCUAUCCAGCCAUCAUCAGAAGAAGAAUUGCUCAGGAGUUGCCGUUCAUGGCUACCGAGAAUAUAAUCAUGGCUAUCGUCAAAAAGGGUGGCGAUAGACAGGAGUGUCAUGAGAAGAUAAGAGUUCUGUCCCACGAAGCUGGAAGAGAAGUUAAGGAGUUUGGUAGAGAAAAUGACCUCAUUGAGAGAGUUAAGAAAGACUCCUUCUUCGCUCCGAUCGUUGGCGAUUUGGAUAAACUACUCGAUCCUCAGUCUUUCACUGGUAGAGCGCCGCAACAGGUCGACAGCUUCAUCGCUAAAUGGGUUAAACCGGCUCUGCAACCCCACCAAGCUGCCAUCUCGAAUGCAAAGGCUGCACAGCUUAACGUUUGA